AUGAGUUUGGCAAGGACGGCACUUUCCACACAACUAUUUUCAGUAGUUGGCAAAGCAGCAUAUCCAGGAUAUGUACCAAGUUGUAACAAAAGAAUCUGGUUUAAUUUCUUGAGGAGGAGAAUUGAAGAGGAUGUAGUUCCACGAGACUUUGAACCACAGCCUGUUGUGCAGUUUGAUGAUUAUACAAGGAAUAAUCUGAAGAAAAGAACAUCCAUUCAGACCCAUUGUGCUUACAUGCCUCCAGAGAAUGUGGAAAAUAUAGUGCUUCGUAUUGUAAAGGGAGUAUAUGGAAAGGAGGUGGACAUACAAGAUAUAGAUUUAGACCAAGACAGGAGAAAGAAAUUUAUGGUUCUUACCAGAAUGAUGAAGGAAUUUGACCACUGUAUACCGAACACUGACUUACAUGAUAUGAAAACUAUUGAGCAAGCUGUGGAAUUCUUCAAAAAAGAAAUUAAAGACACUUCAUGUUUGGAAGAUCUAACAAAAGUAGACUUACCCAAAAACCUUCACAUUAACACAGAAUACAUUCGGUAUGAUCGUGACGGAAAUUCACUAUGGCCUGGGAAAGACGCCUUCCCAGGACAACAGACAAAAGUGUUCAGCUCCAAAUUUUCUAGGAAAUACAAAGUUAUUGACAAAUCUAAAGACAAAUACAAGUACAAAUUAGAUAGGAAAACAUUCUUUGAAGAACAAAAAGAAAUCAACGAUUUUAUGUACAAAUAUGCAUCAAAAAGAUAAAAUUGUUAGAAAUAGGGUGGGGGUUAGGGGGGAUUAAUGCAAGCAGUUUUUCUUUGCUGAAAGCAACUUGGCUUUCAUUUAUUCUGGAAUUACAAUUUCUCAAUAGAUGAAUCUUACAUUCUUUCUUUCUUCAGUCACUUUUAUGAUAAUUUCUCAAAUAUUUAUUCUUAAACAGGAUGUAGCAAAGCUGUGUACUGAUGACUAAUCAUUGCAAACGAGAUUUUCAUGUUUCCAGUAAAUUGUAACAAACGUAUAGGCUUAUUUACGUGGAUUUUUGUGAAGAGAAAAUUUGAUAAAAUGACCCUUUUGUGUAUCUAAUAAAACUACUACUGAUA